GCACAGCGGCAGCAACUGCAUCGGCUCAGCGGACUUCACUUUAAUCGGAAAGACUGGCUGCGUUUAGUGCACUCGGAGCGACGUACCGUACAUGCGUACAAUCUUCCACGCCCAAAAAGAUGCUGGUCCAACUGCUGACCCUCGGCCUGGGGCUGAUGCUGCUGCUGGCGGAAGAGCAGCUGCAGGUAUUGGCUCUGACCAUCACCAACGGGCAUUGCCAGAAGAACAUCAGCGUCAAGUACCAGGUGCCGGUGACCAGGACACGCAUGCCCGCCAACGCCAGCGCGGAGUCGCACGCGGAGCAGUACGUGGUCUACGAGGAGCGGAUCCGCUGGGACAACGUGCAGGUGUGCUGCCCCGGGUAUCGCGCCAUUUUGUUUGGCUUCUGCGAGCCCAUCUGCCUGGAGGCCUGCCCCGCCUACAGCUACUGCGUGGAGCCCAACAAGUGUCACUGCAUGCGUGGUUACGAGCACUCCCACCACCCGAACAAGCAGCACCAGCUCAUCUGCCGCCCCAUCUGCCAGGGCGGCUGUCCGGAGCACAGCCACUGCGUGGCGCACAACGAGUGCGAGUGCCGGGCCGGCUACAAGGACGUGAGCAGGUGGUUCAGCCUCAGCCUAAUCUGCGAGCGGGUCCAGUGCGGCCAGGAGCAGCGCUAUGACCCCGCCCGUCACACCUGCGUCAAGAUCGAGAUGAGCAUGGAGGAGCUAAUGCAGCGUGUGGCCGAGCGCCUGGCCCAGGGCCUAGAGUCGACCACCCAGUCAGAUGGAGAGGACAACAAUGAGCCUUAGUUUGGUUGCUCCUUGCUCUCAAUGAGUGCCUGAAUCAAAUCAAGUAACAUACGAAUAUGACAAUCUUGAAAACAGUACCAUAAAAUGUGAUGGAAAUCGAUUGUAAAUUUUCUAAAACUACGAAUAAACAUAACUAUUCGGUUUCGACUCUUUUUAUAGAGAUUACGAGAUUGAACCUAUGUAUAGUCUAACCGACAUACAGAUGUAAUAUGAAAAUGUUUAAUAAAGUGCAGAUACAUUUUGGUUUA